CAUUCGUAUUAGGAUCUUUUUUUCCCUUUUUUCGCUCAGUUUUCUUUUUUAUUUUUUUUUCUUUUCGUUCAUCUAAAGUGAUAGUGAUCGAAACCAAAAAAAUUAUCAUGAGUUUAUUCUCCAAAAAACAGCACGAUGACCCAGAGUCAAACAAGAAAAAAAUAUCCAAGAAGGAUCGUAAUAGAAAGAAUUCAUCGCAAUUUGAUUUGCACAGAGCGAUAUAUGCUGGAACCACUGAGAAGACGGAUAAAAAUCAGAAAAUCCGGAUCAACUCAAAACCAGAUUCUAAAUGGUCCGAUAAGAAUCCACCGUCGUUCAGUAAAAAGCCAUCGUUUGCCAAUGGAAGUUCGCAAAGGAUCCAGGUCUUUCCUAUUGCGACACCUACGAUCCAGGCGGCAAAGAGUGUUGUUAUACCUGUACCAACUGAAACAUUAUCGGUAGCCAAUAGAGUGAUCCCUUCUGGGAUCAAUGCCCAUCCGACGAUGCCGAUCUUAUCAUCCAACAUCUUGACUCUUCCACUGCUUUUGCCGACUCCCAAUCUGGCCAGUUCACCGACGCCUGAUACACAAGUGUCACGACCGGUGCCACUAUCGGUAUCAUCACAAGCCUUACCGGGAUCUUCGAUACCAUCUCAUACGCCUAUGAUGCAACCUAGCACGUUUCCAUCUGAUCCACCCGCAACUUCCAACAACUCAACCGAAUCUGGGCUCCCAGGCAUUGCAAUUGCAGGCAUAUGCAUUGGCCUUGGCGUCCUAUUAUCGUCGAUUCUCACCAUUGCACUUAUCAGGAGAGCCCGCAAAGCGAGCCCUGACAAAGCCCUUAAAAGUGGACCGCGCUAUACCAAGCCGCAAAGGUAUGGUAGCACAACUAGUGUUAUACUGACUGCAUCACCGACCGAGGAUCCCGCAUGGCCUCAACCGAUCGGAACCUUUACUGUCAUAGCCACUUACACCCCUACUCUCGAUGAUGAAUUACCGAUUCAGCCGGGUGACCGCGUGCUCGUUUACAUGGAAUAUGACGAUGGAUGGUGUCUUGGUGCCACCAUGUCAGGAACGCGCGGUGUGUUUCCCAAACAUUGUAUUUCCCAAACGGAAUAAAAAAAGUUUCUACUCGGAAAACUGCCAACGCAUGGAUCAGUGUCCUCUCUUUUUGGGGGGAUUUCACAAAAAGGAACGGGAAUAGGAAUAGCCCAGAAUGACUGGACUAUGCUUCUGCCGUAAAAAAAAAAAUAGAGAUGACGGGACCUUGGCAAACGGAAAUGGAAGAAGUUUCAGUCGUCGGAAAUUGAAUUUAUCGGAAAUCUCACCAUUCAGGGAAAGCGAAAUUUCGCAUGUAAAAACAUUUUGAUUGAAGAUCUUUUGAGGUUUCAUUUUUUUAAAUGUUUCGAAAAUGUACAAUGUUCC